GGUAAUCAAUGGUGCGGGGAAAAAGUUUGGAUGUUUUCAUGCAUUCCUGCAACCGAUGUCGCCGAAAUGUUCGAAGUAAGUAAAAUGACUCGCACGUGGCGGGGUUCGUUUUUGACUCUUGUCUUCGUGUUCGUCGUCGCCGCCUCUGUAGACGGCGCUUUGGAGCACCUACGAACGAAAGCUGGCGAUCAGACUCAGUCCAGAGCGGUGACGGAUCUGCUCCGGCGGCUGCUGGGAGACCGCGCUCGGGAUUUUAUCGUCUCCGUUAACGGCAGUCUGUCCAGCGACGGCUUGGACGUGUGCGAGCUUCGGUCCACGAAAAACAACAAAGUCGUGGCUGUGGGAAGCACCGGCGUUGCGGUGGCCACCGGAAUAUACAACUAUCUAAAAUACUUCUGCAACUGCCAUGUGUCGUGGUCAGGAGAUCAGCUGGACCUACCUCGUCCUUUACCUCCCCUCACCGGCGUGCUUCGGAUCCAGAGCCAGCACAGAUUCAGGUACUACCAGAAUGUGUGCACUCAGAGCUACUCCACUGUAUGGUGGGACUGGCCACGAUGGCAGAGAGAGAUCGACUGGAUGGCGCUGAACGGCAUCAAUCUGCCGCUGGCAUUCACAGGGCAGGAGGCAUUAUGGCAAGAGGUUUAUAUGUCUCUGGGUCUAAAUCAGACAGAGAUCAGUCAGUUCUUCACAGGUCCUGCUUUCCUGGCAUGGAAUCGGAUGGGGAACCUGUUUGAGUGGGGAGGGCCGCUGCCACAGUCCUGGCACAUCAAACAGCUCUCUCUGCAAUUUAAGAUCGUGGAUCGUAUGAGAGCUUUUGGAAUGAUUCCUGUACUGCCAGCCUUCUCAGGGAUUGUGCCUCAGGGAAUCACCCGCCUGUUUCCUCAAGCAAAUGUGACCAAGCUGGGUCCCUGGAGCCAUUUUAACUGCAGCUAUUCCUGUGCCUAUGUCCUGGACCCACGUGACCCACUCUUCCAGAGAAUCGGCUCUCUCUUUCUGUCCCAGGUUGUAAGGGAGUUUGGGACAGACCACAUCUACAACACUGACACCUUUAAUGAGAUGAAUCCUGCCUCCUCUGAUCCCGCUUACCUUGCCUCAGUUAGCCGUGCAGUUUUCACCACUAUGACCUCAGUGGACCCAAAGGCGGUUUGGCUGAUGCAGGCCUGGCUGUUUGUCAAUGACCCUGAGUUCUGGAAGCCUCCCCAGGUGGAGGCCCUGCUACGUGGUGUCCCGCUGGGCCGCAUGAUUGUGCUGGAUCUAUUUGCAGAGUCCAUGCCUGCGUACUCUUUCACUCAGUCCUUCUAUGGGCAGCCCUUCAUCUGGUGCAUGCUGCACAACUUUGGAGGAAACAGCGGUCUGUUUGGAACGGUAGAAAGGAUCAACCUGGGCCCCUUUGAGGCCCUCCGCUUCCCCAACUCCACCCUGGUGGGGCUGGGCAUGACCCCUGAGGGCAUCGAGCAGAACCCAGUGGUCUAUGAGCUGAUGUCUGAGCUGGCCUGGAGAAAGGAACCCGUAAACUUGGUCAAAUGGGUGUCGCUGUAUGCCUCCUGCCGCUAUGGCAGCAUGGAUGAGAAUCUGACAGUCGCCUGGCGCCUCCUGUUCCGGAGCGCGUACAACUGCACCAUCCCUGGAUACAAGAACCACAACCGAAGUCCACUUGUGCGCCGGCCAUCUUUAAAGAUGCAGACAGAUAUUUGGUACGACCCAGCUGACGUCUAUGAGGCGUGGAGGCUGCUAUUGGAGGCUGCGCCUUCACUGCUUUCUGUGGAAACCUUCCGGUACGAUCUAGUGGAUGUGACGCGACAGGCUCUUCAGCUCCUUACUACAGAAUUCUACCAAGAAAUAAGAGACGCAUUCCAGGCUCAGAAGCUUUCAGAAGUCCUGACAGCUGGUGGCGUGCUUGUUUAUGACCUGCUACCUGAACUGGACCGCCUACUUUCCAGCGAUGCCCACUUCCUUUUAGGGGCGUGGCUAGAGCAGGCACGGUCACUGGGCCUCGAUGAGCAGGAAGCACAGCUGUAUGACCUGAACGCUCGCAACCAGAUCACGCUCUGGGGACCCGAUGGCAACAUUCUCGACUAUGCCAGCAAGGAGUGGGCAGGGCUAAUGGAGGACUAUUACUCACAGCGCUGGGGUCUGUUUGUGAACACGCUCGUGGAGUGUCUUGACCGUGGCCGUCCUUUCAGGCAGGACACUUUUAACCAGGCUGUGUUCCAGGUGGAGAAAGGCUUCAUCUACAACCAGAGAAAAUACCCGUCCAAACCGAGCGGGGAUACCUACAACAUUGCCCGGCGGAUCUUUCUCAAGUAUUACCCACAUGCACUGAAGAGGUUAAAGUAAGGCAUGUUUCUCUCAAUUAUAAUAGAUUGAACAUUCAAAAAAUUCAAAAAUUUAAAAGUGUAAAAAUAUAUUUGCCAUCAGGAGAGAUUCAGCUUAGCUUGUGUGAGUGAACACAUUAAGUAUGAGAUGUAGUCUCAAUUAGUCACAAAGUAAAAUCUGUUGCUAUUAUUAUUUUUGUAAGUACAUCUGCUGAUACAUCCAGAACAUAGGAUGAUCUGUUCCAGAAAUUUUGAGACAGACCCUAAUAAGCUUGUUCUUAAAGAUCAAGCUCAUUAGAUGACUUUUUGUAGGCAUGAUAUCUGCCUGCAUCCCUGAGCGCAUCCAAGCAGCGCAGCUCAAGAACUACAUUUCUACAACAAUCUCUUCCAUUCUAGGUACAAUAAAUGGGAUAUUACAUUCACGUUUGGGAAUCUUAGUGGUUUACAUGAAAUAAAUCAACAAAUGAAAAACAGGUCUUUAAACUGACUGUACUGUCAGUGGGGGCUAUUAAACUUUACUAGGCACAGGCCUACCUUUAACCAACAGAUUUGUUUUGUAAAGCUUCUUCAAUCUAAACAUAGAAAGGGCAAACAAAGGGCAGUACAAAAAUUAUUGUACAGAUCAUAAAUCGUUUAAACACACUCACCGUCCACUUUAUCAGAAACCGCUACCUUGAACUUCCAUUCACCAACCUGUUCACUUACUUUUUAGGUUUACUGUAUAGGUGUACAAUUACAGACAGUAGACUGUAGCUCGGUUAAUGCUCAAUUUCUGAGACACCCUUUACCUCAUUAAUCAUUGGUCAGUUUUUGACCUUAACAAGGUGGACCUGCAAGAUAGGUGUUUCUAAUAAAGUGGCUGUUGAGUGUAUAUUAUGCUGUAUGUGUAUGUUAUGUUGUAGCUAAACCCAGUUUGGCCAGGAAGGAAGGUCACAUGCUCAGAGGUAAAAGUUCAGAGUAAAGUUAGAAGACCACCCACAGCACCAAAACAGCAUGCACAGCCUUCUUCAUCCUGCAGAGAUUUUGUGGGUACUGUAGAAGCAGAAUUCAUCUCAUAAUUAGUUCAAGAUCAGGUUGUAGUGUGAAAUCAGUGUAUUUACACAUCUGAGUAGUAAUAUUAAUAAGUGUGUAGGCACAUAAAAACCUAAAUCCAAUGCAUUCCACGCAUUUACUUAUACACUGCAAUAUUAAGGAGACAUUGUUUGAUGAUUCAGUGUAUUGUGUUGUGCUUCCGAAUUAGAAAUUACACUUCUAUUGAAUUUUCAGGUGCCAGAGUAAAUAUUAACUAUGCGAGAUUGUGAAAUGCUGUAAAUAUUUUGUAAAUGCAAAUCGCAUGGAAAAUAUUUCAGUUUAUAAAUAUCUAUGUAAAUCUUCAAAAGCUAGAGGUCCAGCAUCUGUCUUAAUCACCUGUACAGACAUGAUGAAACACUAUAAGAAACUGUCUAUUGUUAAUGUUACUGGCUAGGAUAAUGUAAUAAUGUGUAAUUGUAAACUUAAAGAGCUGAUAAUAAUGCACAGCUUUUGUUACUGUCUUAUGCUAUUUCUGUUUUGAAAAUUGUCUUUUUUACUUUUAUAAAGAACUCUAUUUGUAGAUGACUACACUUUUCUACUUUUAUUAAAAAAAUCAAGUUUACAGAAGCAGCAUCUUUUAUAAGUAAAAAAGAGAUGAGUCGACAUUGAACAUGCAUUACAAAAAUAUUUGAACUUAAUGACUUUGAACACUUAGUUUUUUUUUAUUUUCAGAAGGGUGUUACCAGCAGUAAAUCUCAAUGCAGGACUAAAUGUUUAAAAUGAUGUAUUUUACAUCUAGUAGAGUGCAAGUGCCUGUCUGUCUUUUUGAGCACUUUCGUUCAUGAGUGUAAGUAGCGGUAAUUGUCAGGAACCCAACUGAAUGUGAUUAGAAAUUGCUGAAAAUGAAAUGCUAUUUU